UCCCCGGUGGGAACUUCCGAAGUGAAAAACAAGGCGAUCCUGUUGAAGAAGUCCAUCGCGCACUGAAACUUCCGAAGUCCGGGAAUUGGCUGGCUAGCCAGUUUCCCUUUGAAAAUGACGGAUAGAUUUGGCACCAUUAAUGAAGAGUUCGUCGAGGCAAAUCCUUGCUGAUAAUCCAGUUUAAUUAAUUUUUUCUCGUUUGUAAGCGACCAACCCAAAGUGUGCCUUUUUUUCCCCCCCUUCUGUCUACCAAAUCAACACCCACCAUUACUAUUGUUUGUAUCUUUCCUAAUUUCUUCCAGCUGCUUCACGGUGCCUCCUCAUUAUAAGAGAAGCUAGCUAGGAAACUGCCGGCAGAUCAGCAACAACCAGAUCGGUCUGGAUUUUGGGUGGCCGGCCGGGGGGGAUUUCAGGAUGCAGAGAACCGUGCUGAAGGUGGAUAUUGCGUGCGUCAAAUGCAAGAAGAAGCUCCUCAAAGCCGUUUCUGCUGUCCAAGGCGUGGAUAGGGUUGAGAUUGAUGAAACAAAGGGAACACUAACAGUGACGGGAAGUGGUGACCCGUACGAGGUAAUUGUUCGGGCAAGGAAGACCGGAAAACACGUGGAAGUUGUGAGUAUCGGGCCGCCGCCUCCUCCUCCGAAGCCACAGGCGGAGGGAGGACAACAACAACAACAACCAAAGAAGCCCGACGACAAGAAAGCACCUGCGGCUGGAGGAGGGGAUGACAAGAAAGGAGGCGAUCAGAAAAAAGGCGGCGGCGGCGGUGGGGGGCAGCCUAAAGAGGAGAAGCUGGGUGAGCAAAAGGGGCAGUUGGGGUGGCCGAUUGUUCACCAUCAGGAUCCAAGUAACUAUCCAUACUAUCAGCAAGUGGUAGUGGUUCCGAUGCCCACAUCCUAUGAUCCACACUAUGAUAACCAUAACCCCUCUUGCUCUAUCAUGUAGAAAGAUUUUUUUUUUUUAAUAUAUAUUCUGUUCUUUUAGUUCAUUUUCUAUAAACGAUUGAUUUCAUUUUUCGUAGGUGUUACAUAUGUUAUGGCAUUGGUCCCUAAUAACAUAUUAGAAUUGUA